GUACAAUUUGUGUGACAGCUUUAGUUACAAGUUACUUUUCAGAUUACACAAGUUAAUCACGGCUUUCUGUCAGGUGGAGGGAAUAUUUGUCAUCAAGUUUAGGAGAGAGCGUCAGAUUUCUUAUUGUAAUGAGAUGAAAUGUAAUUAACUUUUGCUCAAUUCUGAACACUAUGAGAGGAACACAGAGGGAAUCCUCUUAACCAGGUAAUCUCUGCACCCAUCUGCUGUCACAGUCAUCCACCACAUCCACCCUCCACCAAUAUGCUACUGAACCAGCACCAGUGAAGACCAUGCUGCUGUCUCCUCAAGCAGAGAGGAACUGGGAGGAUCUGUGUGUGAUGCUUGAAGACGUGCUGGAGGAGCAGUCCCACAGGCAGCUGUUCGCCUUGGAGCUGGGCUCUGGGACUGGCCAGCAUGUCAUACGCUUUGCCCAGAAGAUGCCCUUUGUGACCUGGCAGCCAUCAGACAUCACACAGCAGUCUCUGGACAGCAUUAAGGCGUACGUUGCUGCGACCCAUGCAAAGACUGUGCUGCCACCUGUCCACCUGGACGCCAGUGAACCGUGGGAGAAAUGGGCAGAUCUUUCUCGCAGCUCCUGCGAUGUUAUUGUUGCCAUUAACCUGCUGCAGUACAGCUCCUUUAAAACAGCACAGGGUGUUUUCACUGGAGCGGGUCAGAUCCUCAAGCAAAAUGGCCUCUUGAUAACACAUGGGGUGUAUGCUAUUAAUGGCACCAUCACACCGAGUUGUAAUGAAAACCUGGAUGCAGAGAUUCGAAAAAUGAAUCCAGAGUGGGGUCUCCCAGACAUCGACGUGUUGAGACAGCUGGCCUACGGAAACGGGAUGCGUCUGGAGAGGAUGAUUGAGAUGGAAGAUUACUACAAAUGCCUCAUCUUCAGGAAACUUUAAAGAAGCCAAAGUACAAAAAGAAGAAAUAACUUUUUUGUAUACCCAUAGUUGAGUUGUAUGUUAACCAAUUUCAAACUUUAAAAUGUGUUUACAGGUCUUUGGAAGUAUUACUGGCUAUGUAAAAAAAAGGGAGUCGUAUCUAGCCUUUUUAUGGCUCUUGGGGAGUGUUGCAUUGUGGGUAAUGUAGGCUGCAGAAGAAUGUGUGCAAUAUAAAAGGUGACGUCUCUGGUCAUACUUGACAGAUUUGGUUAUUUGUGUUUAAACUGUCCAUAAUGUUGCCUACUUCACAAAAAAAUGCAGUCAAUCCAACGACAUGCAGCUUCUGGAGCCCCUAAAUGCAUAUGCUACUUUUUCCACAUAUGAAGUUGUACUUCCCAAUUAAUGUGUAACAUUUGUGGAGUUACCAUUUAAAAAGGGGCACUUCAGCAAUUUAGUAUUUCACUUCCCAUUAAAUACUACACAUGCAGUGAAUACAUCCUGGUUUUAUUCUCUUCUUGUGUUGUGAAUCUGGCAUCAUCAGGAUUGUUUUCUCAGACAUUUAAAAGCUUUUCCACAGUCACAGAAGUCAGAAUACAACCGUUUUCAUAGUUCUUAUGAGUAACUGAACUUUAGGUGUAAUAUUAGUGAUGUGUCCCUUUAAAUCACGUGAUCAUUUCACUCAUCGAUGUCAUGUCACGGCCUUUAAACUUGUAGAAUAAAGUUGAAACAAAUGUGACUUUGAAUAAUAACAUGUGGGUGAAUAAAGGUCGUCUUGCUGUACGUUUCUUUCUUUUGGUUCACAUGGAAGUUAACAGAAGAAAGAAAACCAGAUGAAGCAAAUGGACAAUAAGAACCAGAUAUUUAUUAAAUAUAAUCUCAAAAUUACUUUUAAAGUCAGACAGAUCAGUUCGAUGGAAUAAAGAAGUUCACAAAGAGCAACUGAAGGUUUACAGAAACCACUGAUUGGGGUGUGUGAUACAUACAUGCGCCGCGUCAUGUUCGCUCUGCAAGCAAUUCAACGUUUCCGGCGAGCCAAGUACACUUUUAAAAAAAA